UCGAAAAGACAUGGAAACGACGUGAUAUGUCAGCAAAACUAGAAGCUCAAUGGAUAGGACCAUACUACAUUCACGAUAUAAUUGGAUUUAAUAAUUAUAAAUUGAGAUCAAUUGAGAGACGAAUAGUUAAAGGAACUAUACAUAGAGAUUGUCUUAAGUUGUACAAUGAACAAGAAAUGGAACCAAUGAUAAUUAUUACAUAA